AACUUCCCAACUCCAAAAAAAAAAAAGAACACCACCACCAAGUCCCGUCAAAUCCACUCUCUUGAAACGCCUAACAUAAAAAAUCCGCUGUUUCGAAAAUUAAUCUUACAGCUCUCUUAUUGGCUACUUCCAUACCAAUUUCUCUGUUUGAAUUUCACUGGUAAUGUCUCUGCGAAGCAAAUCCAUGUUUACACGAAGGCUGUCGAAAUCAUUCCGCUCUGUUAACAACCCUAGUCAACGAGAACAAGGAUACGACGCCGGAAGAGGAGCGGCGAAAGGAGACGACGGCGACUUUGAAGAUGAGGGGUGGGAGAAUUUGUUGCCGGAGUUGUUAGGAGAGAUUAUAAAGAGAGUAGAAGAUAGCGAAGAUCGGUGGCCACAGAGACAAAAUGUGGUGGCAACGGCUUGCGUUUGCAAGAAAUGGAGGCACAUCGCUAAAGAUAUUAUUCUUAAUAAAUCAGUUCAUCAUAAUUCUACCGCCAAAAUCACUUUCCCUUCCUGCCUUAAAGAGCCGGGUCCGCGUCACUUUCCCAAUCAGUGUCUUAUAAAACGGAAUAAGAAGACUUCAACGUAUUACCUGCAUCUUGCCCUUAGCCCAUCAUUUAUGGACAAGGGAAAAUUUCUCCUAGCAGCUCGAAGGAAUAGACACGGUGCUCACACGGACUAUAUCAUCACACUUAGUCCAAGUGAUCUAUCUCAAGGAAGUAAUGCUUAUGUUGGAAAGCUAAGUUCGGACUUUCUUGGUACCAACUUUACAAUUUACGACAGCCGGCCACCACACGAUGGCGCCAAGCCAUCCAGCAGCAGAGCCAGUCGCCGAUUUGCAAGUAAACAAAUAAGCCCCCAAGUUCCUGCAGGCAAUUUUGAGGUGGGACAAGUUUCAUAUAAAUUUAACCUCUUAAAGUCAAGGGGUCCAAGGAGGAUGGUUUGCUCGCUGAAUGGUUCGUCACUGCAAGAAACUCCAAGUGACGGAGACUCAAAGAUGAAGGGGCCGGAGAGUUGCUGCACAAUUCUGCGAAACAAGGCCCCAAGGUGGCAUGAACAUUUGCAAUGCUGGUGCUUGAAUUUUCAUGGUCGAGUAACAGUAGCAUCAGUGAAGAAUUUUCAAUUGGUUGCGACAGUUGACCAAAGUCAGCCGGGUGGGAAAGGAGAUGAGGAAAUCGUCCUCCUGCAGUUCGGGAAGGUCGGAGAUGAUACUUUCACCAUGGAUUACAGGCAGCCCUUGUCAGCUUUUCAGGCAUUUGCAAUAUGUCUCUCCAGCUUUGGAACAAAACUGGCAUGUGAGUAAUGAAGUUAUGAGCUCUGUUAAAUGUUUGUAUAUUUAAAAAGUCGCUUGUAUAAUGUAUGUUUGGUUGAAGAAGAAAUUCAAUGAUGUAAAUGUUGCUAUUGUAUUAAUGACUGGACUCUCUAAUUAUUAUUGUA